CUCAAACGAAAAAAAAAACGGGCUAUUCAGUAGAAUUCUACAACACAAGCUUAUAAGUCGCUAUAUGAUCUUUGAACUACUAUCUCGUCCAGUAACUGCCAAUGAUGAUCGAAUGAUCAAUCAGAAUGGGGAGUUGAGUUAUCAAGAAAUCUCCUUUUUAACAUUCCAAGCGGUAUUGGAAGUUGUUAUUAUCUGUUUGGCAGGAUUUUUCGCUGCUAAGAGUGGAUUAUUGAAUACCAAGAGUCAAAAAGUGAUUAGUCAGUUAAACGUUGACUUGUUUACGCCAUGUUUGGUGUUUACCAAAUUGGCGCCAUCAUUGUCAUUUCAAAAAAUGGUUGAUAUUGUGAUUAUUCCGAUUUUUUAUAUGAUUUCAACUGGGAUAUCCUUUUUAUGCUCUAAAGUUGUUAGUAAAUGUUUUGGAUUGAAUGAGCCCGAAACCGAUUACGUGACUGCAAUGGCGGUGUUUGGGAAUUCAAACUCUUUACCGGUUUCUUUGACAUUAUCAUUGGCUUAUACCUUACCUGAUUUAUUAUGGGAUGAUUUAGAAGAUGAUAAUCUGGAUAAAGUUGCUUCCAGAGGUAUAUUGUACUUGCUUAUUUUCCAACAAUUGGGACAAGUCUUGAGGUGGUCGUGGGGUUAUAAUAAAUUAUUAAAGAAAAGAUCAAAAGCUGAAUUGAAUACUUAUAAUGGUGUUGUGCCCGAUAUUGAAGAAGGAACCAGUGAGACUUCAAGCUUACUUGAUGCCACCACUGCCAAUUAUUCUUCCUCCAGUAGCUCAAGUGAAGAUUUACCUAAUGAUACAAAUAAAUCCUUAUUAACAAAAUUAGCUUCCAAACCAUCAAUUUCUUCUUUCUGGUCGUCAUUUACUAACUUACCGGUUAUUAAAGGUUUUUUGGAAUUCAUGAAUCCUCCACUUUAUGCAAUGUUAAUUUCAGUAAUCAUUGCCUCUGUUCCAGCAUUACAAAACCUUUUUUUCAAUAAUGAAGAUUCUUUUAUUAAAAAUACAGUAACGGCUUCCAUUACUCAGUUGGGUCAGGUGUCGAUUCCUCUAAUUUUAAUUGUCUUGGGUUCUAACUUGUACCCAGCAAAAGAUUUACCUCCUCCUUCAAAACAUUAUAACAAAAUCAUUCUUGGUUCUCUAUUAUCAAGAAUGAUAUUACCUUCUUUGUUUUUACUUCCAAUCAUUGCAUUUUGCGUUAAAUUCAUCAAUAUCUCAAUCUUGGAUGAUCCAAUCUUUUUAAUUGUGGCUUUCAUUCUCACUAUAUCCCCUCCGGCCAUUCAAUUAUCCCAAAUUACUCAAUUAAAUAAUAUUUAUCAAAAGGAAAUGAGUGGAGUUUUAUUUUACGGUUAUGUCAUCUUAACCUUACCAACAACCAUUUUUAUAGUUGUAACUUCCUUGGAAUCACGUAAGUUAGCGGUUGUUGGUAGUCGUUCAGUUGGGAAAAGUUCUAUAACGGUAAGAUUUGUUGAAGAUCACUUUGUUGAAAGUUAUUACCCUACUAUUGAAAAUCAAUUUUCAAAAUCAAUAAAUUAUAAAAAUCAAGAAUACGCUAUUGAAAUCUUAGAUACAGCAGGUCAAGAUGAGUUUAGUAUAAUGAAUGAAAAACAUUUAAUUGGUAUUCAUGGUUACUUAAUUGUUUACUCUGUUACUUCAAGACAAUCUUUUGAAUUAAUUGAGGUUAUAAGAGAUAAAAUAUUAAAUUCAAUGGGGAAUGAUAAUAUACCCAUGGUUUUAAUUGGUAAUAAGUCAGAUUUGAAUUUCCAGAGACAAGUUAGUUACGACGAAGGCUUAAAAUUAUCGCAAAAAUUUGGUAUAAAGUUCUUAGAGACUUCGGUUAGAGAUGAUGUUAAUAUAAAUAACUCUUUUGAGUUACUCAUUGAUGAGAUUGAAAAAAUUCAAAACCCUCAAGUCAAGCAAGAUGAUAAAUGUAUAAUUGUUUGA